AACAGUUUGCUCGCAGUCGUCUGUGAUGCUGCUUUGCGACAUGACCGAUUCCCGGAUGACUUCCUGUUCGGCACUGCCACCGCUUCUUACCAAAUAGAAGGAGGAUGGAAUGCUGAUGACAAGGCAGAGAACAUUUGGGACCGCAUGACGCACACUAUUCCCGACGUCAUCAAAGACGGAAGGAAUGGAGACGACGCGGCCGACACCUACACCUACUACAAGCGCGACGUGGAGAUGAUGCGAGAGCUCGGCCUUGACGCGUACAGAUUCUCACUCUCCUGGUCCAGGAUCCUGCCCAAUGGCCUUGCCAACAAAGUCAGCGACGCGGGCGUCGCUUUCUACAACAACUAUAUCAACGAGAUGUUAAAGUACAACAUUACGCCCUUAGUCACGUUGUACCAUUGGGACUUGCCCCAGCAGAUGCAAGAUCUCGGAGGAUUCCAGAAUCCACUGUUCCCCAGAAUGUUUGAAAACUAUGCCAAGGUUGCUUUCAAACACUUCGGUGACAGAGUAAAGCACUGGAUCACGUUUAACGAGCCGAGGGAAAUCUGUUAUGAAGGAUACGGUCAUGUCACCAAGGCUCCCAGGCUGAAUGCUACUGGCGUGGGCACUUACUAUUGCGCGAAGCAUCUAUUGCUGGCUCAUGCAAGGGCUUAUCAUGCUUAUAACGACCAGUUCAGGGCAACGCAGGGUGGUGUGUGCGGCAUCACGAUCAGUGUUAACUGGUUUAAACCUUUGACUGAUUCUGAAGAAGAUGCGUUAGCUGCUGAAUUGAAAAGACAAGCUGAAUGGGGAUUAUACGCUGAACCUAUCUUCUCUGAAGAAGGAGGUUUUCCCAAGGAGUUGUCUGAAAUAGUCGACAGGAAGAGCGAGGAGGAGGGCUACUUCGCAUCUAGAUUGCCACAAUUCACCGAUGAAGAGAGGGAAUACGUCAGAGGGUCGUCGGAUUUCUUCGGAGUGAACCAUUACACUGCCUAUAUGAUUUCUGCCAAUGAUUAUAAAGGGGACUAUGUUGUACCAUCAUUGUACGCUGAUAUAGAUGUUGGCACUUGGGUACCACCGACUUGGCUUCAAUCAGCUUCUUCGUGGUUGAGACUCGCACCGAACAGCAUUCACGACGCGCUUUCACACUUGAACAAGAAGUACAACGGGCCCAUAUUCUAUAUUACGGAGAACGGCUGGUCGCAGCACCCAGAUGACGGCUUCGACGACGACUCCCGCAUCACCUACUACCGUGCAGCUCUCGACAGCGUGUUGAACUGCUUGCACGAUGGUAUCGACCUGAGGGGGUACAUGGCGUGGAGCCUCAUGGAUAACUUCGAAUGGAUGGAGGGAUAUACUGAACGGUUCGGUCUGUACGAAGUGGACUUCGCUAGUCCUGAGAAGACGCGCACGCCGAGGAAGUCCGCCUUCGUGUACAAGCACAUCAUCAGCACGCGCACCAUCGACCCGGACUACGAGCCGGACACAAAGACCAUGUGGAUUGACGAGGGAAAAUAAACGAGGGACUGACAAUUAAUUGUGAUGUAAAAUCAUUGAGUAAUUGUGUACUAGAGAAGACAUCGCUCAUCACUUAUUUGCUACAUGAUUUUAGGAACUCUAGUACGUAGCACAUUUCACUCAAUGUGUAAAAUGUAACUUAAAUAAAUAAAUUCGA